CAGCGCGCAUCACCUCCAUCGUCCACCCCAACUUAUUGAACCCUCCCAAUUAUAGCAGCCAUGGCGGAUUCCGAAUUACCCACUCGUCCCAAGCCCGAGGAGACCCCUGCCGGCGAAGUCCCUGCGGAGGGAGAGAAGGGCCCCAGCAAGAGCGCCGCAAAGAAGGCCGCCAAGGAGAAGGCAAAGGCAGAGAAGGCAGCUCAGCGUGCCGCUCAAGAACAAGCCCAGAAGGCCGCUACCCAGACAGAAGACACCGCCACACACCUUUACGGUCCGAUUCCCGAAACCGAAGAUGUGAUCCCGUCGACGCGAUUCUCUGAGCUCUCCGAGGAGCACCACGACAAGGAGGUUACGAUCGUCGCUCGUGUGGACAAUGCGCGUGUGCAGAGUGCCAAGUUAGCGUUUUUGAUGCUUAGGCAGCAGGGACAGAAGGUGCAGGCAGUCAUUGCUGCUAAGGAGCCGAUCUCGAGACAGAUGGUCAAGUACACGGGCGGAUUGAACGUCAACUCGAUUGUGCAGGUGACCGGUAUUGUCAGAAAGCCUGACACUCCCAUCUCAUCUGCUACAAUCCAAGAGCUCGAGCUGCACAUCCAGAAGGUUUACAUGAUUUCUGAGGCUGCUCAGAUGCUUCCUAUGCAGGUCAAGGAUGCGGAGCGGCCGCCUCCUGACACGACCGAGGAGGGUCCUCAGGUUGAUGCCGAGGGUGCUCCUAUUGUCACGCUCAAGACUCGUCUGGACAACCGUACUCUGGACCUUCAGACUGAGACCAGCCAGGCUAUUACCUGGAUCUCCAGCGGCGUUUCGGAGCUGUUUGCGGAGUACAUGAUCAAGAGUGGAUCGCGGUGGAUCUUCACUCCUAAGUUGGUCGGUGCUGCUACGGAGGGUGGUAGCAACGUUUUUGAGGUCAAGUACUUCAAGAGAAACGCCUACAUGGCUCAGAGUCCCCAGCUAUACAAGCAGAUGUGUAUUGCUGGUGACAUGGAGAACGUUUUCGAGAUUGCUCCUGUUUUCCGUGCUGAGGACAGCAACACCCACCGUCACUUGACUGAGUUUGCCGGUCUCGAUUUCGAAAAGACCUUCCGAAGCCACUACCACGAAGUCCUCGAGUUCGCUGAGGACCUUCUUGUUUUCAUCCUCUCCCAGCUCAAGGAGCGCUACAGCAAGCAGAUCGAAACCAUCCAGAAGUCGUACCCCAAGGCCGGUGAUUUCAAGCUCCCUAAGGAUGGCAAGGCCCUACGUCUGACCUACAUGGACGGUGUGAACCUGCUCAAGGAAGCUGGCGUCGACGUCUCGGAACAGGAGCGCUUCGAGAACGACUUCUCCACCGCGAUGGAGAAGCAGCUGGGCCAGAUCAUCCGCGACAAGUACGACACCGACUUCUACGUCCUCGACAAGUUCCCCAUGGCUGUGCGCCCCUUCUACACCAAGGCUGAUCCCAAGGACCCCCGUUUCUCCAACUCAUAUGAUUUCUUCAUGCGUGGUGAGGAGAUUAUGUCCGGUGCCCAGCGUAUCAACGACAUUAAGGAGCUGGAGACUUCGAUGCUUGCCAAGGGUGUAAACCCGGACCAGGAGGGCUUCGAGGACUACCUCAAUGCUUUCCGUCAGGGAUGCCCGCCCCACGCUGGUGGUGGAUUGGGUCUGAACCGGAUUGUCAUGUUCUUCUUGGGAUUGCCUAACAUCCGGUUGGCUUCGUUGUUCCCUCGUGACCCCCAGCGUUUGCGUCCUUAGCUUGUAUAUUUAUGUCUGCAGGAGAAAAUAAUGAUUACGAGUUGCUAUCUUCAUAUCGUCUUUCCAAAGUUAGGUCUUUUUGAGUCUUACAUCAGCAGUCUGCUGCCUAUUAGCACCAUCUCUGCAUAUUAUCCCGAUUAAUAAUGUUGCACCAUAUCCUGACAUAUUGGGCCAUUAGCGCAGCAAAUCCGCAUUAGUAAAUAGCAAUAUGUUAUAUAUUCGAGAUUAUGGCGUGCAUAUCAGGACCUUUCUCUUUUGGGGAGCUUACAGAAUCAGAAGAUAUAGAAGGAGAGGCAGAGUAAAUACAAACUCCUACAGACUAUACUCAUUGAGUUUCCAUUCAUUACAGAAUCUCUAUUUGGAAUGUUAUUAAGAUCCAUCUUCUUUGGAGCGUUUGCUCUUGCAAAUGCCUCUCCGAGCGAGGCAACCUUACAAUAGCCAUAAUGGCC